AUGCACCUCCCCCUCCUCCCCAUCUUUCUCCCCCUCCUCCCCCUCCUCCUCCUCCUCCACUCCCCCCACCCCACCAACGCCUGGCUCCCCACCUCCCCCCCGCCGGGCAUCACCCUCAGCGGCUUCGCCGCCACAUCCAAGAUCCGCGGCGUCAACCUCGGCUCGCAGUUCGUCGUCGAGCCGUGGAUGGCGGGCGACGAGUGGGCGGCCAUGGGGUGUGGAACCACCAAAGCCGAGUUCCAGUGCGUCAAGCAGGCGUAUGGGGGGGAUGUGGCGAGGGCGAGCGCGGCGUGGAAGAAGCAUUGGGCGGGGUGGGUCACGAAUGCGGAUUUGGAUGAGAUGGUGGGGGUGGGGUUGAAUACUGUUAGGAUACCGGUGGGCUGGUGGAUGAAGGAGGAUUUGGUGGCGAGUGGCGAGUACUUCCCCAAGGGCGGGUUCGCGUACCUGCAGAGCUUGUGCCAGCAUGCUGCGGAGAACGGCAUGUAUGUCAUCAUCGAGAUGCACGGCGCUCCCGGGACACAGAACGCCAACCAGCCGUUUACUGGUAACUACUCGGACAAAGCCUACUUCUAUCAAUCCGACUACCAAUCCGGCCGUGCAUACAAAUUCCUCUCCUGGCUCACCACAGCCAUCCAAUCGCAACCCGCCUACUUCCGCACCGUCGGCGCCAUCGGGCUCCUCAACGAGCCCAAGUUCAACAGCCCCAACGACCCCGACAUCCGCUGGACGACAGAACACUACUACGGCUCCGCCAUCUCCGCCGUGCGAGCCGCCGAAGCCAAUCUCGGCAUCGCACCGACGUCGCGCUCGGCGCUCAGCAUCACCAUCAUGGACGACCUCUGGCACGACCUGUCGGGCGCGACGGACCCGGCGGCGCACCUGACGGCGGCGCAGAAGACCGGGCUGCUCUUCGACGACCACAACUACGAGACGGUGCCCGUGCGGGGCAUGACGCCGGCGCAGGUGGUGGCGUACGCGUGCGGCGACGACCGCCGCACCGGAUUGCAGGGCGGCGAGAAGAAGGUCGUCGGCGAGUGGGCCAUGAGCCUGGCGCAGACGGGCGCAGGCUUCACGCCCGAGGUGGCGAAUCGCGACUUUUGGAGCAGCUACUUCUCGGCGCAGCAGUGGCAGUACGAGCGUACGAGGGGGUGGAUUUAUUGGAGUUGGAAGGUGCAGAAGGGCGGCGGCGCGGGCGAGGCGCUGCAGUGGAGUUAUAAGGAGCUGGAGACAGACGGGCGGCAGUCUUUCUUCCAUGUGGCAGGCGUGCUUUACAACACCACCCUCAACGAGUACCUGGAGGACCAGCUCAACGGAUGGAGAAUCAUAGCAUGGGCCCUCGACUACUGGACAUCAUGGUACGACGACGAGAGCAGGACCGGCUCCUCUGACCACCUCGGCGAGAUGCAAACGGACCUCAACAGCUACGCCAAGCAAGCCUUCCCAUGCAACGAGUCGUCGCCAACCUACGGAUCCGACUUCAUGUCCACAGUCAACAGCACCCUCGGACUGAACGAGACGUCCGAGGCUCCCCAGGAUCCGCCGAAAGCCACGUCCGAGUUGAGGCGGUUGCUUGCGGAAAAGCUGCAGGGCGCAAAGGACCGAGCUGCCGUGCUGCGCAACCUCGUGGCCGCUUCGUACAUGGGCGUGGGCUUCGGUGGAGCAAAGGCCUGCCGCGCCGCCGUCAACGAGUAUCUGGAAAACGCGAGCGAGUGGGACAAAGCCGGCGCCAGUGCCGCGGGCACCCUGCUGACGCUCCUCCCGUCACUGCUCACCCUGGGGAACCUGUACGUUCCCAAGUUCUCCGAAGCCGCCGCCGCCGGCGUCUUUGUUUCUGGGGCCUCGGCCGUGUCGACGCUGGGUCUGCCCGUCAAGUCUAUUUCCGUCGUCGGGUGGCGGCAGCGGUUCGAGACCAAGUCGUUCACCGGCUACGGAAGAAAGGGCCUGGCCCAGCUUGGCCGCCGCGUGAAUGCGCUGUCGAACCAAGCGCGGUAUAGGGUGAGGAUGGAAGCACUCCAAGCCUGGUACGCCGAGCCGAGCCUGAGCUGGUCCGAAGAUCCCCUCGACGGCUACAUGGAGCCGGUUCGCUCGCCCGACUGCACGCCCGAGGGGGAAGCGUGUGAGAACAUGUUCUGGAAGAUCAAGUCUCGGGUGGUCAACGACUGGCCCAACAGGGAGCCCUUCGCCCCGCUGAUGGACUCGUCCACCAUCCUAGUCAGCUACUUCGUGACCUUCUUCGGAACCAUGCUCUUCAGCACCGCAGGCAUCCCGAUGCAGCUCGGCUCCUGCAACAGCCGCAACUACUCCAUCUGGCUCAUCUGCGGCACGGCCAUCAGCUCCAUCGCCAAGCUCUACAGCUUCUCCAAAAGCGGCCACCAAAUCCUGAAAUUCUACCCCCUCUCCCCCCUCGCCCAAUCCACCCUAACCGCCAACCUCUCCCUCCCCCACGACGACGACAGCAGCAACACCACCACCACCACCACCCCCACAACAACCGAAACAUCCCUCCCCCCCCUCUCCCGCCCCACCCCCCUCACCCACCUCCUCCUCCCCCUCACCACCCUCCACCGCCUCUUCCUCGCCGCCGCCGCCCGCAUCAACCCCCGCCGCCGCCGCCGCUCCAGCCCCAGCCCCAGCCCCAGCCCCCGCUCCACCCCCACCUCCUUCUACUCCACCCUCCCCCUCCUCUUCCGCACCCGCCACCAAACCCCACGCAUCCCGCGCCUCCGCCCGCUCACCGUGCUCCUCCGCGCGACGAACAACAACAACAACAGCACCAACAGCAACCCCGCCCACCACACCCUCCCCGGCCUCCUCACCGGCCUCGUCUUCAUCGCGCUGACCUUCCUCUUCGGCGCGCAGUGGGGCGGCAACCUCGUCGUCGUCUUCUACACCGUCGUCGCGUUCCUCGUCGUCGUGGCGGCGGCGAGGGGGUUGUGCGUGUGGUUGGUGUGGCGGUUGGGGCGGAAGGCGGGGUUGCAUGUCGUCGAGUGCGCUGCUGGGGAUGGUGGCGAUGGGGACGAUGAGGUGGCGGGGGUGGCGAGGGUGUUGGCGAGUAUGACGGGGGUGUUGGUGGUGAGUGGGGAUGGGGGGAGCUGUUUUUAUGGGGGGGCGUUGGUGAGUGGGAGGGGGUGGUGGGAGGGGUGGAGGCGGGAGUAUGUGGCGGGGAGGUUUGAUGGGGAUGGGGAUGGCGGGGAGGGGGAAGGGAGUGGUGGUGGUGGUGAUGUCGAGCGAGGGGGGCGGUCGCAGUGGCCGUCGUGGUGGGGCGAGCGUGGGAACAAGGCGUCGGCCAAGGUGGCGAGCGAGACGGAGUUGAUGGGUAUGACCGAGUUGCCGCGGCGGCUGCAGUAG